GUUACCGAUGGUACUUGCUGUGACCGAGGUGUGGAAUGAGCAACAGAAGUUUCUGACGAGGGCAAUUCUCAACUCAGUGGUCGGAUCAAAUUCUACGGAAGGGAUGGUGGACUAGUACAUGCAGAGGGGAGCGCAUUGCUCACGUCUUCCGCAAUGGGCAGAUUCACAGCACUGUCGACCUUUUUCCCCGGCGCCUUUCGAAGCCCGCCACAACCUUGCGCUGGUUGCCGGAGAGUUCAAGGUCGGAAUUCCACUGGCUGUCCAGGCUGCGAUGCGAGACUUGCAGAGGAAAAGCGAAAUAACCCGAAACCUCCAGCGGGCUUCCAUCCUGACAAUCUGCCCUUCGGCCAAGCGGGUUGGCGAGUAGCUCGUGGUCGUCGGAACACCGUCCUGCCGGUCCAGCUGCACGAUUACGCUUGCUUCAUGGAACAAGGGAUCCGAAUCGGACACAACUUUCACAGACGGAAGGAGCUUCUUCCAUCCCGCAGGUACACCACCUUACUCGAUCAUCAGACCAAAACUCACAUCAUCCGAGGCGAUGGGACAAGCGCUCACCUUCUGUCGGGGACAUGGGAAAGACCCCCGCCAGGAGGAAUAAGAGCAAAGCGAGGAGCAAAGCAACGUCGAUAGUGGGCACAAAACAAAGAGUUCAUGAAACAGAACAUGCAGAGCAUGGAUGGAUCUCAAAUAGAACAAAAUCUACAAAUCCCAAGUUGGAAUUCUGAAUUCUGAAUUGCUGCAAAUGCACAUACUAGAGCCCCUUAAGGAAACAAGGCGAACGAUACUCCAGAUAUGACUCUACGAAACUUUUCUCCUGAUUGGCAUUGUAAUGAAUCUGUACACUGAUAAGAGUUGAAACUACUGUAUUCACGAAUCGAGCUACUUCAAUAAUUUCUGUACUUUCCUUCAGCAAAGACGACACUCGUCUUUUCUGUAGCAUUCCCUAUCAAGGAACCUGCAUCUUUUGUAAUAAAAUACUGUUCGUUUACCCAAGUUGAAAUGG